CCCAGCACCUGCUUUAACCUUUACCAUUGUUACAACCAGGAGCGGACUGACCAUUUGGAAACUCGGGCACUGCCCAAGGGCCCGGGGUCAGUAGGGGGCCCCAUGAGAUGCCCCUGGUAUCUUUUUCAUAGGCUUUUUUUAAUUUGGGCAAGGACACAGGGGCCCCAUGAUCCCCUAUUGCCCGGGGGCCCCUGGAGUUGUCAGUCCGCCCCUGGUUACCAGUGUUCAUCAGUGCAGGUUAUCAGAGCCCAUCAGAGUGGCCUAUCAGUGCCCAGCAGUGCCGCCUAAUUAGUG